GAUCGUAUUAAGCAACACGCCGCUACGCAACACACACGUACGCACAGUAAAGUCCAAACCGCGCAUAAAACAAGGGAUUAUCAUACCGAAAUGCAUAUCAAAACAGGUACUUGGGAGUCAAGCAAUGGUGUGUGUGAGUCCGACCCCCUGUGUGAUCCGGCUGUCCUAGUGUCACCCUCUAAACCCGAACCACAGAUCCGAAACCGUCGCCUCUCCCCCGGCUCUGGCAGCUGCGGUGGGGGAGGAGGGGGCUGUUCAUCCAGGAUGGAGAAACCAUCUCGUCAAGCCUUGCCGAGCAACUCGGAAGGUUUUCUUAACGGGCCAGGCCACAUCUACACCCCCAAUCGGGACAGAGAGCGACGUGGCCCAAAUAAAGGAAGAAGCUUUCGGAGAGAUGGGCCGAGACCGGGGCCUCGUACAGAUGAGAGGCCAUCCAGAACCAGUCAGAACCAGACACAAAAGGAAAGAUGGGUAGAAAACAGUGUGUCUUUGCUCAAACCUCCUCCUGCUUUCCCGGUGAAAGACAGCCCUGCCAAGCUGCAGCCAGCUGUCAGCUAUGCUUCUAAGGUUAAGGCAGGGGGAGGUUCUGUCGGGGCAGCUGAGGAGCCCCCGGGCAUCGGGGUCUUGCUUCAGAACCAGUGGGGACUCAGCUUCAUCAGCGAUGGCCCAGCGGCAGAUGUGCCACAGGCCAUUCCGGAGAAUAGUCCAGUUGUCCACCCAGUCGCUGGAGACGUUACUGAAAAACCAGCCGAGUCCUCUUCAGAGUCUCUGCCCAGUCAGUUUCCAAGAGGCUCUGAGAGUUCAGAGGAACUGCUGCUCAGCUGCCGCCACCUGGAGGAAGCAUUGGAGUAUCACACACGUGAAUGGAAGGCAAUAUUAUGGAGUCAAAAACGAGAUCCUGCAACGGUUGUUUGGUACAAUGACACCCUGGAGUCACCAGCUUAGCACACACUAACACAGCUCAACAAACACAUGCAUACUCACAUACAUACACGUCACACUCAGGUUAUCUUCCCCACAAUGUUUAUACCGAGACACUCCCCCCCCCCCGAAGAUAGAUGUCUUGGACUUGUCGGUUGCCUUACAACAGAGUCUGCCUCAUGCGCAGAGUCCCCUCUGCAUACCUCUGUCAUUUUAAUGGUGGAGAAUUAUCUCUUUUAAGAAAAAAAGCUUUUCAGGCUGCAAUUUUAUUUCAAUGAACUGCAAUUUUACUGUUAAGAAAUCUGUUUUAUUCCUCCCUUGUUCCUACUUGUGUGCGAACAGUGAAAUUGAGCACUUUCUGACCUGUAGUCGAACACGUCAUGCCUCUCUCUAAGGACUCAGCUCAUUUUUAGAACCAAAUGCAGAAUGUCUUUUCAUCAGUCUUCCUUUCUUGAAUAAUCCCUUUCUUCCCACAUAAAUUGUUCUCAUGAAGUUUACAGAGGUGCAGCUGGCACAUUAUGGCAGCACCUUCAAAUGUCUAUUGGUCUUAAUGCUGUUUUUUUUUUUUUUUUU